AUGGGAGGUGAACUAUUUGAUAAUGUACUUAAUAAUUUACCUUCAAAAAAGAUGUACGCUAUGCUAGAUGAUGUAAAUGAUAGUUGUGAGUAUGAUUUUGUUAUGGUAAAUGGAAUGAACCUUAUAAAAACGCAGAAAUGGAUUACGAAUACUCCUGAAAAAAUAGUUAAUGCCUUAUGCCAUAUAUAUGAUUUAAAUACGAAGGGGAAAAUUAAUAGUUCUUAUUGUGAUUAUCUGUACUAUUGGUUAGGAGAUAUAAUAUAUAAAAACAUAGAAUAUAUUAUAAAUUUUGCACCUGUUAUUAAUGUUAUUAAUUUUAUACUAAAAAACAAUGAAGGUAGCAGUAUAUGUAAUUAUGAUCACUAUAAUAUCGAUCGAGAAGAAUUUAUGGACAUUAAACAACUUUUUGAUUAUUCAAAAGAUUAUAAUAAGCUUAAAGAAGUUACAACUAAUGGGUCAUGUAGUGCUGGUUAUAAGGAACUUCUUAAAAAAUAUGCCUUUAUAUAUAGCAAUUUCAAAUUAAAAUGCAGUAAAGAUCCUAAAAGGUCUAAGCAUUGUGAAUAUAUUAAUAAGCUUAUUGAAGGUAAGGAUCCAAAGGAAUUGUCAUGUAAUUCACCAAAUAAUAAUUAUAGAUCGCCAAUACAACAAGAACAUCAUAAUGGAGUGCUAGAAUCAGGAGUAAUAAGAAUCCAGUCAAGAACAAGUGAACAACGACAAGAAUUACCUAGAAGUGUGGUACCUGCAGAUUCAUAUGAAGAUCCAAAUGUACAAGAUUUAAACCAUGUUCUUUUUGAAUUUCAUCCUUCAUAUAUUCAAGCUCCACAUCAGAGUGGCAUUUUUGAUUUUUCAGUUUCUUCAUUCUCAAGAAAUAUAGUAAUUCCUCCUUUAGUUAUAGGAAUUACAGUACUUCCUGUUAUACUGUGCAAAGUAAUCUUUACUCCAGUCGGAUAUUGGUUAAAAAAAGCCUUAGUAGGAAAAUCUAAAAGAAAACGUAAUAUUAUAAUGGAUAAUAAUAUAACAGAAGAUUAUUCGAUGUAUGAAAAUUUAGAAUCACCGAGAAAAUUUAAUUUAACAUACAGUAAUAUAUAA